CAAGCAGGGCAGCUGCAGAGAGAUAAGCAUUAAGGACACAGAGGGACUAGCUCCCAUCCCUGCCUGCCCACCCAGGAGAGAGCAAGGUGACCAGGGUCACAAGAUGGUCUGUUCACUGUGGUUCUGCCUUUGGGUUAGUGAACUGUGAGUCUCGAACGGCAGACACUGGCAGAGGGCCACGCCAACAUUCUUCCAGGGGAGCUAUGACAAGGAGGAGUCAGGCCAGCAGACUGCAGCCCUGGGACUAUCCUGGAGACCCAGAGCACCAACACUCCUUACGAGAAAAUGUGGGCAAGGAAUCUUAUGGCAAGAGCCUUAUAUGACAAUGUCCCCGAGUGUGCUGAGGAGCUGGCCUUCCGAAAGGGAGACAUCUUAACUGUCAUAGAGCAGAACACAGGAGGACUAGAGGGAUGGUGGCUGUGUUCCCUACAUGGUCGCCAAGGCAUCGUCCCAGGCAACCGGGUGAAACUUCUGAUUGGUCCAGUUCAAGAGACCUCCAGUCAUGAGCAGCCUACUCCUGGACCUAUGCAUCAGACCUUUGGCCAACAGAAACUCUAUCAAGUGCCAAAUUCACAGGCAGCAUCUCGUGAUACCAUCUACCAAGUACCACCCUCCUACCAGAAUCAGGGAAUUUACCAAGUACCUACUGGCCAUGGUACCCCAGAACAAGAUGUGUAUCAAGUGCCACCAUCAGUUCAGAGAAACAUUGGGGGCACUAAUGGGCUCCAUCUAAGCAAAAAGGUGAUCACCCCCGUGAGGACAGGCCAUGGCUAUGUGUACGAGUACCCAUCCAGAUACCAAAAGGAUGUCUACGAUGUCCCUCCUUCCCACACUACUCAAGGGGUAUAUGACAUCCCUCCUUCAUCAGUGAAAGGCCCCGUGUUUUCAGUUCCAGUGGGGGAGAUAAAACCCCAAGGGGUGUAUGACAUUCCCCCUACUCAAGGGGUCUAUUCCAUUCCACCAUCAGCUUGUCGGGAUGAAGCAGGGCUUAGGGAAAAGGAAUAUGACUUCCCGUCUCCAAUGAAACAAGAUGGAAGGGACACUAGAGCUGAGGGGGUUUACGACAUCCCUCCAACCAGCACCAAGGCAGCGGGGAAGGACCUUCAUAUCAAAUUCACCUGUGAUGCCCCAGGAGCUGCAGAGCCAACAGCACGAAGACACCAGAGCCUUUCUCUGCACCAUCCCCCAUCUCAGCUGGGACAGUCCGGGGGCAUCCAGAGUGAUGCAUAUGAUGUCCCCCGAGGAGUUCAGUUUCUGGAGGCACCAGCAGAAACCAGUGAAAAAGCAAAUCUGGAGGAAAGAGACGGUGUUUACGAUGUCCCUCUGCACAACCCAGCAGAUGCCAAAGGCUCUCGGGAUGUGGUGGACGGGAUCAACCGACUGUCUUUCUCCAGCACUGGCAGCACCAGGAGUAACAUGUCCACAUCUUCCACCUCCUCAAAGGAGUCCUCGUUGUCAGCCUCCCCACCUCAGGACAAAAGGCUCCUACUGGACCCAGACACGGCCAUUGAGAAGCUCUAUCGGCUCCAGCAGACCCUGGAGAUGGGUGUCUGCACCCUCAUGUCGCUCGUCACCACAGACUGGAGGUGUUAUGGAUACAUGGAAAGACACAUCAAUGAGAUCCGCGCCGCAGUGGACAAGGUGGAGCUGUUUUUACGAGAAUACCUCCAUUUUGCCAAGGGAGCUUUAGCCAAUGCCUCCUGCCUCCCAGAACUGGUCCUCCACAACAAAAUGAAGCGGGAACUUCAGAGAGUAGAGGAUUCCCACCAGAUUCUAAGUCAAACCAGCCAUGAUUUGAAUGAAUGCAACUGGUCCCUGAAUGUCCUAGCUAUCAAGAAGCCCCAAAAUAAAUGUGAUGAUCUGGACCGGUUUGUGAUGGUAGCCAAGACAGUGCCAGAUGAUGCCAAGCAACUGACCACCACCAUCAGCACCUAUGCAGAGACCCUCUUUAGAGCAGGUCCUGGCGGUUCCCAUCUGAAGAACGGGCCCGACAGCAUCAUGAACUCAAGCGAGUACACACAUACAGGGGCCCAGAUGCAGCCACUGCGCCCUGGUGACUACAAGGCCCAGGUCCACAAUAAGCCGUUGCCUCCCACUCUAGGCAAGGACCAGCCACCAGACUGUAGUAGCAGUGAUGGUUCUGAAAGGAGUUGGAUGGAUGACUAUGAUUAUGUCCACCUACAGGGCAAGGAGGAGUUUGAAAGGCAGCAGAAGGAGCUCUUGGAAAAGGAGAACAUCAUCAAGCAGAGCAAGACCCAGCUAGAGCAUCAUCAGCUGAGUCAGUUCCAGCUGUUGGAACAAGAAAUCACCAAGCCGGUGGAGAAUGACAUCUCCAAGUGGAAGCCCUCCCAGGCCCUCCCAACCACAAACAGCAGUGUGGGUGCUCAGGACAGGCAGUUGCUUUGUUUCUACUACGACCAGUGCGAGACCCAUUUCAUAUCCCUUCUCAACGCCAUCGAUGCCCUCUUCAGCUGCGUCAGCUCAGCCCAGCCCCCACGGAUCUUUGUGGCCCACAGCAAGUUCGUCAUUCUCAGUGCACACAAACUGGUCUUCAUUGGAGACACUCUGACAAGGCAGGUGGCUGCCCAGGACAUUCGGAAUAAAGUCAGGAACUCCAGCAACCAGCUCUGUGAACAGCUCAAGACAAUAGUGAUGGCUACGAAGACAGCCGCCCUCCACUACCCCAGCACUACCGCCCUGCAGGAGAUGGUGCAUCAGGUAACAGACCUGUCCAGAAACGCUCAGCUGUUCAAGCGUUCUUUGCUGGAGAUGGCCACCUUCUGAGGAAAAAAGGAGGUGGAAGGACUGAGGGAAUGAUUACUAAGGAAAACUGGAAAUAUGAUCUGGUUUUUGUAAAUGUUAUCUAUUUUUGUAGAUGUUUUAUAUGAAAAUGAAAUAUUUUAACGUUUUGUGUGAGCUAGUUGAUUUUCAUCAAUUCAGGGAGAUGAAGUGGGAAAUCUUUUUUUUUCCCCUGUAUGGUUCUUAUAUAUACAUAUAAGUCUCUAAAACAUAAGCUGUACAGAAACGUGUCCAUGUUGGUCUUUGCCUAUCCAUAUUUGUUUGUAGAUGCGUGUCUGAUACAUUCCAUUAAAAACAUGAAUUAAGAAGCACCUUAGUAAGCAUAUCCUAAUGCUGCAUUGUUUGGGUUUGUAGAAAAUUAUACCAGUUGGUUUCAUAUUACUUCGCAUGUACCAGUAGUGAUCUGAAUCCAGCACACCCAAAUCUGGAACUCGUGGGAUAUUUGCCAAGUGUUCACCAUCCAUGUAACAAGUCAUGGUAUGGCUUACUGUUAUCCAAAACAUUUUUCAAACUUGACUGUCUUUAACCCAGUAGUAAAAGACCCCAAUCUGGCUGAAAAGGCCAGGGCAGGGGAGGAGAGAGAGAGAGUUUCCAAAAGUAUAUGUUAUCCUAAGUUACCCAGGGCCCAUUGUUUCCAGAACUAGAGAGAGGCAAGGCACGUGUGCUGUACUAAGAGACUGUGUCUACAGCCGGCAUUGUGCUCUUCAACUCAGAAAGGAAGCUACAACAAGGAGAGAAGACUUGUUUCCACGGGGCUGCAUUUGUGAGUGAUUAAGCCACUAGGUUUUCUAAAGGGUGCAUUUAGAGCUGAAUUAAAAAAAAAUUGCAGUAGGAAUUCAUGAAGAUACAUCAGACUGUGAUUGUAGACAAAAAGAAGGGAUGUUUCCAACUGCUAGUCAUUAACUAGAAGUCUCUCUGAGGGUUUUCUACCCUCAUUGUCCGGAGGAAAAUGGCCGGCUCCUUAGUCACUGAACUGGGGAGCCACCAGGCCCUUUCCUGCUCUCGUGGCUUGGUGUACCUACACCCUGCUAAAAGCUUGCACAUGCAGACCCAACACUCAAAACAGCUGCAGAGAUCUGCUCUUCCCAUCCACCUGUGGCCAUGGACCUUGUGGAUCAGUCACAUCACCAUGUGACAGCUAGUCACAGCAUCGAUCCUGCAGGCUGUCUCUUCACAGGGGCUGUGUGGAUACAGCACAGGCACCAGAGCCACCAGAGUCUCUGCGGGCAGACGAACUAUUCCCCUAUUUCUUUAUGGCCAAGUCAAGAAGUAUGAUUCUUAUAGUCUCUGUCCAUGGAAAUUAUUUCAUUCCAGCCUGUUUGGAGAUAUGUUUUUGUUUGUUUAAUAUGUCUUGACUGAAUUAAUGUUAUUUGUUUUAAAUAACCAAAUUAUAAAUGGAAGGAGGGACUUGGGAAGAACGUGUGAUCUCAGUGUGUGUGUGUGUGUGUGUGUGUGUGUGUGUGUGUGUGUGUGUGUGUGUGUCUUUUAAAUCAUUGAAAGUUAUCAAAGAGAUGGUGCUUUUUAAAACAAAGCAGAACUGUAAUUCUCAAAGUUCUGCAUUGCCAGAGGAUGAACAACUUAGCUGCUGGACCACAAUUCACUGUGUGUGUGGAGGAAGAGGGUCAUGGAGCAUCAGUACCACUGGAUGAAGUCAGGAAGGGGAUGCUUGUAGUUCUUACCAUACGAUGUGCAUCUGAUGGGAGAGGGCUGCCUUGUGAUGACAUUCCACAUUGUCAAAGCCAAACUACCCAAUUUGUAUUGCCUGUUGUCAUCUUGUAUAUACACAAGCUAUUAAAUUUUUAGGUAAUUCUCUUCAUA